AGGGUAGUUUGCCAGUUGCGAUCAGGAACCGAUAGUCCGAACCGAUUCCGUUUUUGGUCGAACCGUUUCGCAGAGGCCAGAGCCUAGUUAAACAUAAAGUUAUCUCCAUCGAAGAUCUCUCCUUCUACUUCUCCUACAGUUCUCUAGAUUCUUUACUUAACCACUAAGGUCCAUUUCCACUGCCAACUUCCUUCGUCGCAAAGGUAACUCCAAUUAACUAAUCAGACUAGGAAAAUGCACGGUCAGCCGCGGAAACCCCUAGAACCAGAAGAUGCAGCUACGAUACAGAAAGCUGCUAAUCUAAGAACUCUUCAGACUCAAUUGUUGCAUAAUCACCACAACAAAAUUUAUAACGAAGAAGCCGUUGAUCUGAGCACACGGUUAGUAGAAACUAAUCCCGAAUUUUACACGGCUUGGAACUACAGAAAAUUAGCUGUUGAACAUAAUAUCAUCUCAGCAGUAGAUCAAGACGCAGUUAGAUUAAUUCUAAAUGAAGAACUAAGAGUUGUUGAGAAUGCUUUGAGAAGGAAUGUUAAGUCUUAUGGAGCUUGGCAUCAUAGAAAGUGGGUUUUAUCCAAGGGAUUAUCAUCAACUUAUCAUGAAUUUAGGUUACUCGAUGGGUUUCAGAAACUUGAUUCUCGGAAUUUCCAUGCUUGGAAUUAUCGGAGGUUUGUUGCGGGGUUGCAGAAUGUCUCAGAAGAGGUCGAGUUAAAACAUACAACUGAGAUGAUAGACACAAAUUUCAGUAAUUAUUCAGCGUGGCACAAUCGUAGUGCUAUUCUUUCGCAUUUGCUAAAGCAAGGGAUUCAUGGGUUUGAACCAAAAGAGAACGUUUUGGCCGAAGAGUAUGAACUUGUGCACCAAGCAAUUUUUACAGAUCCAGAUGAUCAAAGUGGCUGGUUUUAUCAUUAUUGGCUUCUUGAUCAAACAAUUACUCCAGAUGCUCCUCUCCUGCUUUCGUCUUGGCCAAAUCAUGGUUCAGAUCUGAUCUUAUCCACUAAUAGAAACUUCGAGGGGUGCAUGUCGAGUCCUAGCACAAAUUUUUGUUCAGAUAAAGGAGCUUUUCCCCUCAUUCUUUAUUUUAAUCAAAGUGUUAAAGGUGUGAACUCAUCAACUGUAGACAUUAAGUUCACGUUCGUUAAGAACGAAGAUGUUAGCUGGAAGCCACUUUCAACCAAAAACUCGGGAUAUGCUGAUGCUUGGGUGACAUACCUGAAGUUCCCUGAUGAAAAAAACAACUCUUCGGAUACUUAUCAGGUUGAGGUGAGUGUCGGACAUUCUCAGGGUAUCAUUUCUUCCAGUGGGUCCAACUAUAGCUUUCCCUCACAAUUUUCAUUUACAACGAGAUUGGGGAUCGGUAAAAGAGAUGGUGAAGGAGGUGAGGGUGUUGAGAAAGUUGUUUGGACAGACAGUAACUUUCAUACUGAUUUGCCCCUUUUGGAGGAGCUCAGUCAUAUGUUUUCUUCUGAUCGAAUUCGGGUCAUCACGGACCAGAACCCAACAGCUUCAACGUGGCAGAUUGAAACAAUAGUCAAAGAGAUUGCUCUAUUCCGGGAGUUGUUGUUAGAAGUGAACUGUAAAAUUGGAAAGCUCACACUAGUGCGGCUGUUGGUGGCUCAUGAUGCAAUGAUGUCAUACCAUGCUUCAUUUGCAUACAAGAAGGUUAAUACUGAAGAAAUUCUCGAACUGCUAUCCGACUUGAUGAAGCUGGAUCCUUCACAUUCAAGGUAUUACAAGGACGGACACAGCUUAGCGUUGUUAGAGAAGGUGUUCCUGAGCAGGAAGUCUUUGAUGAAGCACUGUCUUUACUAUGGAGAGUCAACUUCUUCAUAUUCACAUGACCGUGUCUGCUUGCGUCUUAACAACAUGUCAUUAUCUCGAAUUGGAUCCUUCGAAAAUCUACUGUGGGUUCGAAUGCUGGAUCUCAGCCACAAUGAACUUCAAACGACUGAAGGUUUGGAGGCACUGCAACUUCUCUCUUGUUUGAACCUAAGUUACAAUAAAUUCAGAAGUUUCACUGCACUGGAACCCCUGAGAUUGUUACAGUCACUAAGUGUAUUGGAUAUAUCCUACAACGAGAUCGGUUUACAUCCAAUUGAUACAACUAGGUAUCUGUGUGCUUCACCUUUAUCUCACAAGUCAAACAUUGAGGGUAUUGGAGUGUCAGAUUGUUGGGAAGCGGAAGUGGUUUUUAAAGGCUUACAACUAAAGCAACUUGAUGUUGCUGGGAAUGCAAUUAACAGUGAUAAACUCAGGUCCUUACUGGUUAAGGUUCUUCCCAAUCUUAAAUGGUUAGAUGGUGAAGUUGUAAAUUAAUCAUUUAUAGUUGAUAUUAAGGCCUACCUUGCUUAGUGUUUACAUCUUAUAAUGCAUGAUUGAAGUAUCCUUGUAUGGUUCUUUUUGUUCAUGGACAGGUUUUAGCAAAGACUAAUGGAACAAACAAUUUUAGAGUUAAA